AUCACGAGGCUGUAAAGGACCUAAAACAACAACAAAAACCGCAAAGCUGAGGUGGAAAGAACCUGCAGCGAGCCGUCAGAGAGCAUGCAGUCCCCGGGGAGCGAGGCCGCCGUCACGCCGGGCUUCCACCGGCAGGAGGUCCAGAAGACCACGUGGGAGGUUCCGCACAGGUACACGGCUCUGCUGGCCGUGGGCUCCGGAGCCUACGGGACGGUCUGCUCGGCCAUGGACCAGAAGACCAAGGAGAAGGUGGCGAUCAAGAAGCUGUACCGGCCGUUCCAGUCCCUGAUCCACGCCCAGCGGGCCUACCGGGAGCUGAGGCUGCUGCGCCACAUCCGGCACGACAACGUGAUCUGCCUCCUCGACGUCUUCACGCCUGACACCUCGCUGGAGAAGUUCCAGACCUUCUACAUGGUGAUGCCCUUCGUCGCCCAGGAUCUGGGCCAUAUCAUGAAGAGGAAGAGACUGACUGACCGCAUCAUCACGUACCUGUUUUAUCAGCUUCUCAGAGGCCUGAAGUACAUCCACUCUGCAGGGAUCAUCCACCGGGACCUGAAGCCGGGGAACCUCGCCGUGAAUGAGAACUGUGAGCUGAAGAUCCUGGACUUCGGUCUGGCCCGACACACGGAGAGCGAGAUGACCGGCUACGUGGUGACGCGCUGGUACCGGGCGCCGGAGGUCAUUUUCAACUGGAUGCACUACAGCCAGACAGUGGACGUGUGGUCGGCCGCCUGCAUCCUGGCCGAGAUGAUCACCGGUCAGGUGCUUUUCCGAGGACACGACAGUAUCAACCAGCUGCAGAAGAUCCUCCGACUGACUGGAACCCCAGAACCCCCCCUGGUGGCCAAGAUGCAGAGUAAAGACGCUCAAUCGUACGUGCAGGGUCUUCCACCGCAGAAGAAGAAGAAUUUCAAAGACGUGUUCCCAGACAUGGAUCAGAACGCUGUGAGCCUCCUGGAGGAGAUGCUGCUGCUGGACCCGGAGCGGAGGCUGACGGCCCAGCAGGGACUGUCCCACCCCUUCCUGGCCGAGUAUCACGACCCGGAGAGCGAGCCGGACUCGGAGUCGUACGACGACUCCUUCGAGAGCCUGGAGCUCGCCGUCGGCGAGUGGAAGAGUCUGAUCCACAUGGAGAUCAUGACGUUUGACCCCGUUGAUCCCAGCAAGACGGCCAUGUAGGAGCUGAGAGUGUGUGUGUGUGUGUGUGUGUGUGUGUGUGUGUGUGUGUGUGUGUGUGUGUGUGUGUGUGUGUGUGUGUGUGUGUGUGUGUGUGUGUGUGUGUGUGUGUGUGUGUGUGUGUGUGUGUGUGUGUGUGUGUAGUGGGGGGGCCUGUACAGGAGAAUCGAACCGAGCUCAGGUGUUAUCGGAAACAAGAGACCACUGAACUCAAAGUGAUGUUUCAUUUCAAUCUUUUUAGUUUUUUUCCAAAUAUUUUUCAUAGAAAAACAAAAUUACUGAUUUUUUUCAGCUUUAGCUGUGAAAUUAAGGCUAACAAACUUAUUUAAUGCACCGUAUUUAAGGGCAGGCGUGAGGUUCCACAUCCUGCACAGCAACAGCAGCUGAAAUGUUUGAAUUAUUCAUGAUGAAUCGGGACCAGGGAGUCCAUACGGACCUCACCUGGAUGAAAGCUGAGCUGCAGGAGUCGGCUCAGCCUUGAAAUGGGCCGAAAAUGACGAGCUCCCCGUGAUAAAACCACCCAGCUGAUUCCAUGUGAGUGAAUUCAGGCAGGACCUCCUCAGAACCUGCAGACGAACCCACACCAGGCCCGUUUCUCAGCCCAUGUUCAGCUCACCAACGCAUCAACGCUGGCUGCAGAACUUCUUAACUUGAAUAUUUAGUCUUGAACGACUUGCAUGUCUCACCAAGUUGUUGUGUAACAUUUCAUCUGUUUCUUCAUAUUUGUUCAUUGUUCAACUCCUAAUUAUCCGUUUUCAAAUUAAACAUUUCAAUAUUGUUAAAUAAAACAAAAAAUGUCUAUA